AUGUUGUUUCAUAAGUUUAAGUUCCUGUCUUACAUUUUUAUAUUACUGUUGUUAAAUAUUAACUACGCUCUUUCUGAACUGAUUACUGCAACUAUUAUCAGUAGUGCAGUAAUAGCAGGCAGUUGGUUCGGUUGGGAUACGUUAAAAACUAAUACUGUCUGCCGUUACAUAGAAUGUUGUAAUCCAAUAUAUGUACCAUAUGAUUUAAACAAAUUAAAAGUUAACCUUUCACAAAAGAUGUUUGGUCAACCAUUAGUAAAUGAGUUAGUUAAUAUAUUAGUAGCACAUAAAGAAACUAUACAUGAUAAAAGUCGGAAAAGCAAAAAAGCACUUGUUAUUAGCUUACAUGGAUGGUCUGGUGUUGGUAAAAAUUAUGCAGCAUCUAUGAUAGCAGAAGCGAUGUAUGCUAAAGGUAUGCAAAGCCAGUUCGUAAAGGUAUUUAUGGGAAAAAAAGACUUUGAUUGUAGUGACAUGGAAAAAGCCAAAAAAGAUCUAAUUCUGAAAGUGAAUGCAAUUGUAAGGAAGUGUCCCACAUCUUUGAUUAUAUUUGAUGAAAUACAUGAUAUGUGUCCAUCAGUUUUAGAUGCCAUAAAGCCAAUGCUUGAUCACCACCAUGCAGUUGAUGGAAUUGAUUACAGGGACAGUAUUUUCGUAUUUAUAUCAAAUAUUGGAGGCCCAGAAAUAGCGUCAAAUCUUUUAGAUUUAUAUAGUCAAGGUGUUAAAAGGGAUCAAGUAGAAUUUCACCAUUUUGAACCAAUAAUAAGACGCACAGCUUAUUAUACAGGUGGAUUUCAGAAAUCAUCUACAAUUGCGCAGCAUUUAAUUGAUCACUACAUACCAUUUUUACCUCUGGAACAGCAUCAUGUUGAGAUGUGUGCAUUGGCAGAAUUUCGUUCGCUUGGUGUUUAUCAUCCCACCGAAGAGAUGAUGAUGGACGCCCUAUCAAUCAUCACAUAUGGUCCGACUGAAGAUCAGCCUAUCUUCGCUAACAAUGGAUGCAAAAGGUUUACCAAACACAUUCCUUAUGUUAUACAAAAACAUAAACCUAAAGAAGAAUUAUAA